AGGGAAGGUGGGGGUAAUCAUGGUGCCGUUGGGGAGGGGAGAAGCUGGCGCUGCCGCCGUUGCCGGGAGCCGCGGAGACAGGUCAUUACAUUUCCAUUUCUCACAAUUGGGCUGAGCUUGAUUGAACCAUGGGGGAACACAGUCCAGACAACAACAUCAUCUACUUUGAGGCAGAGGAAGAUGAACUGACCCCCGAUGAUAAGAUGCUCAGGUUUGUGGAUAAAAAUGGACUGGUGCCUUCCUCACCUGGAACUGUUUAUGAUAGGACAACUGUUCUUAUUGAGCAGGACCCUGGCACUUUGGAGGAUGAAGAUGAUGAUGGACAGUGUGGAGAACACUUGCCUUUUCUAGUAGGGGGUGAAGAGGGCUUUCACCUAAUAGAUCAUGAAGCAAUGUCCCAGGGUUAUGUGCAACACAUUAUCUCACCAGAUCAAAUUCAUUUAACAAUAAACCCUGGUUCCACACCCAUGCCAAGAAAUAUCGAAGGUGCAACCCUCACUCUGCAGUCGGAAUGUCCAGAAACGAAACGUAAAGAAGUAAAGCGGUACCAGUGCACCUUCGAGGGCUGUCCUCGCACCUACAGCACAGCAGGCAACCUGCGCACCCACCAGAAGACUCACCGAGGAGAGUACACCUUUGUCUGUAAUCAGGAGGGCUGUGGCAAGGCCUUCCUCACUUCCUACAGCCUCAGGAUCCAUGUGCGAGUGCACACGAAGGAGAAGCCAUUUGAGUGCGACGUGCAGGGCUGUGAGAAGGCGUUCAAUACGCUAUACAGGCUGAAAGCACAUCAGAGGCUUCACACAGGGAAAACGUUUAACUGUGAAUCUGAAGGCUGCAGCAAAUACUUCACCACACUCAGUGAUCUGAGGAAGCACAUUCGAACCCAUACAGGAGAAAAGCCAUUUCGGUGUGAUCAUGAUGGCUGUGGAAAAGCAUUUGCAGCAAGCCACCACCUUAAAACUCAUGUCCGUACACAUACUGGUGAAAGACCCUUUUUCUGCCCCAGUAAUGGCUGUGAGAAAACAUUCAGCACUCAAUACAGUCUCAAAAGUCACAUGAAAGGUCACGAUAACAAAGGACACUCAUACAAUGCACUUCCAAAUCACAAUGGAUCAGAGGAUGCAAACCACUUUCUUUGUCUGAGUGACUUGAGCCUUCUGUCCACAGAUUCUGAAUUGCGAGAAAAUCCCAAUACAACACAGGGCCAGGAUCUCAGCACACUUUCACCAGCAAUCCUCUUUGAAUCAAUGUUCCAGAAUUCAGAUGAUACGGCAAUUCAGGAAGAUCCUCAACAGACAGCUGCCUUGAUUGAAAGUUUUAAUGGUGAUGCAGAGUCAGUCAGUGAUGUUCCGCCAUCCACAGGAAAUUCAGCAUCUUUAUCUCUUCCACUUGUACUGCAGCCUGGCAUCUCCGAGCCAUCCCAGCAUCUACUACCAGCCUCAGCACCGUCUGCUCCUCCGCCUGCUCCCUCCCUAAGAACUGGUUCCCAGCAAGCUGCAUUUGGCAAACCCCCUGCUCUCUUACAACCUCCAGAAGUGCCUGUUCCCCACAGCACACAGUUUGCUGCUAAUCAUCAAGAGUUUCUUCCGCACCCCCAGGCACCACAGCCCAUCGGACCAGGACUUUCUGUUGUUGCUGGGGCUUCGGCAUCAGCAGCAGCCGUGGCAUCAGCCUUGGCAGCACCACCCCAACCACAAAGUACUACUGAGCCCCUGCCAGCCAUGGUCCAGACUCUGCCCCUGGGUGCCAACUCCGUCCUAACUAACAAUCCCACUAUCACCAUCACCCCAACUCCCAGCACAGCUAUCCUGCAGUCCAGCCUAGUCAUGGGAGAACAGAACUUACAGUGGAUAUUAAAUGGUGCCACCAGUUCACCACAAAACCAAGAACAAAUUCAGCAAGCAUCUAAAGUUGAGAAGGUGUUUUUUACCACUGCAGUACCAGUAGCAAGUAGCACAGGGAGCUCUGUACAGCAGAUUGGCCUCAGUGUUCCUGUGAUCAUCAUCAAACAAGAGGAGGCAUGUCAGUGUCAGUGUGCGUGCCGGGACUCUGCCAAGGAGCGGGCAGCGAGCAGGAGAAAGGGCUGUUCUUCCCCACCCCCUCCAGAGCCGAACCCCCAGCCUCCUGACAGGCCCAGCCUGAAGCUUUUACCACAGACUUUUCCCUCCCCCACUGUCCCCCUGUCGUCAUCCUCCGCCAUACCCUCUUCCUGUGAGCAAAGCAGACAAGCAGAGACUCCUUCAGACCCUCAGACAGAAACGUUAAGUGCCAUGGAUGUGUCAGAGUUUCUGUCCCUCCAGAGCCUGGACACCCCAUCCAAUCUGAUUCCCAUUGAAGCACUACUGCAGGGGGAGGAAGAGAUGGGCCUGACCAGCAGUUUCUCCAAGUGAAAGGCCUAUAUAUGCUCCCCUUCAAGGAAAGAGGGCAAGCAGGAAGCAUAAGGUGCGAUGCCUACCAUCAUGGGGUCAGCAAUUUGAAGGAUGAAGAAAUCUACUGUUUGAAAUCCUCAACUGUCAGAUGUAUUUUCUUUAUUCAUAUCCCAGGAGCAUCCAUUUUAAGGAACUGAUCUUUGGGGAAAAAAAACAACAAAAAAACAAAACAAAAAAAGCUAAGUUAUAAACGAACUGUUUGGCUGCACUGUAUGUCACUUUUGCUUAUUGUCAUGUGAACUUGGAAAUUAAGGUUACUCGUAUGCAUAAAAAUUCUAAAUGAAA